UCCAGCCCGGUGCCCCCGGCAGGGCGCUGCGGGGUGCUCGGCGCUGUAGGGCGCUCGGCGCUGCGGGGCGGGGUGCUCCGGGAAGAUGCCCGCUGACAUGAUGGAGAAAAACUCCUCCCCGGUCGCGGCGACCCCGGCCAGCGUCAGCGCGACGCCGGACAAACCGAAGACCGCGGCCGAGCACCGCAAGUCCUCCAAGCCCAUCAUGGAGAAGAGGCGGCGGGCGCGGAUCAACGAGAGCCUGAGCCAGCUGAAAACGCUCAUCCUGGACGCGCUGAAGAAAGACAGCUCGCGGCACUCCAAGCUGGAGAAGGCCGAUAUCCUGGAGAUGACGGUGAAGCAUCUCCGGAACCUGCAGCGCGCCCAGAUGACGGCUGCUUUCAGCACGGACCCCACGGUGCUGGGCAAGUACCGGGCCGGCUUCAGCGAGUGCAUGAACGAGGUGACCCGCUUCCUCUCCACCUGCGAGGGUGUGAACACCGAGGUGCGCACCCGGCUCCUCGGGCACUUGGCCAGCUGCAUGACCCAGAUCAACGCAAUGAACUACCCAGCACAGCCACCGCCACUGCCCCCACCCGGGGCUCAACACGCCUCCUUCGGGCAGCCGCUGGUGCAGAUCCCCGCGGGGGCAGCACCCCCAGGCGGCAGUGUGGUGCCGCUCAGCGGGAUGCCUUGCAAGUUGGGGAGCCCGGCGGGGGAGGCCACCAAGGUGUAUAGUGGCUUCCAGCUGGUGCCUGCCUCGGAUGGCCAGUUCGCCUUUCUCAUCCCCAACGCCUUCGCGCCUGGUGGGGCUGUGGUGCCAUUGUAUCCCACCGGCGGCCCAGGCUCUGGGGGCCCCACCGGCGGGCCGGGCUCUGGGGGCCCUGCCGGCGGGCCUUCGCUCACAGCGGACUCUGUGUGGCGGCCCUGGUGAGCAAGCACCAGUAGCAGGACUCUGGACUGUCCCAGCCAGAGGACAGGCUGACGGGCCCACGUGCGGCAGGCUGUGCGCGGGGCCCCAUGCCCUGGCUGUAUCAUUACCUGUUCAUAUUGGAUUGUGCCUCUGUACUAUAGCCCCUCCGCUGGGUGGACCACUCGUGUUUUCCAUGAGCGUGCACCCCCCUUUUUCAAUGUGACACCAAAGAUCCUGUCUGAAUGCUCUUACAAUACAAUAAAUGCCUCGCUUCCUUGA